ACUCUUUGCUGUAAAUAAUCAUGAAUGCUAGGGAACCUUGCUUUAUUUAAACUCUCUGUCACUAACGGUUGUAACCCAGACGAACAACCCAGAGACAGCAACCAUGAUCGGUGCCGGCGACGGCGACGGCGAUGACAGUUGUCUCCACCAAAAUAUUGCACAUCUUCCCUUGUCUUCCUCCCAGAUCACACAUGUCAGCUACAGCUGUGGAACUUGUGGGUAUGAAUUGAAUCUGAACUCUGAUAACCGCAACACACCAACCAUCUCUUCCAACUACCAUAAGUUGAUAAAAAGAGGGACAAUCUCAUUCUUCUGUAUCGACGAAAGCAGAUUCAAACAGACCGAAAAACGCCAAUGCAGACCUUACUUCACCUCCAAGAGUUCGUGGGGUUUGUUCCGCCGGAGAACCAAGCUUCUUUGCCGCAAAUGUGGAAACCAUAUUGGCAACUCUUACAAGGUGAAUACAUCUUCCAGUUCUCUCACAUUGGGUAAAUUAUACUCUAUCACCUGGGAUGGAAUAUCUGAUUGUAGAAUUUAUGACAUAAAGAUUCGUGCUCUGCAACCUUCGGUUUCCGAAAAGAUAAGUGUCUCGGCAAAAUGCCGAUAGGGAUAUUGAUGAAUUUGGUUUGAUUCCAUUGUCAAAGAAAGAAGAUUUACUCCUGUUUUUUACCAUUAUUUUAUGAUCACUUGUAAUUUAAUGAGAUUAAGUGGGAAAAAGAUGAAGAUCUGUUUUCUGAAUUUGGAUCCUAUUUCUGCAUUUUGGUUACCCUGCGUUUGAUCAAGUACUUGUUACCACAUUAUGUAUUAUCACUGUGUAUCUUCCCUGGAAAUAAAAGAGGUUAAUAUGAUUCUUUCAA